AUGCCGCCUCGUUUGACGACCUUUCUUAGAAGAAGGCCAAUACCUUCUGUCCGUGGCCAUUUGCUCACUUCUUCUUCCGGCCAUUCUCAUGCCACCUCGUCUUCCUUUCGAAUAAGCAUCUUCUCCACGACUGCCAGAACAUACUAUGCGCGCAGCAGUACUCACGGGCCUACAUAUUAUGAAAUCCUCAAUGUACCGGUGACUGCGACAGCAGCCGAGAUCAAAAAGCAAUUCUACGCGCUCUCCCUAAAACACCAUCCAGACCGCAAUCGCUCCGACCCAAAAGCCACCGAGCGCUUCGCAACCAUCUCAUCCGCCUACCAAGUCUUGGGUGACAGCAGCAAACGCGCGCGCUACGAUCUCGACCAUGGAAUCACCACUCACGUCCAAAACACGCAUAGCAGCGGUGUAUCCGGCCAACAUCCCAUGGGCAGUCAUAGUAGUGCUAGUGCGGCUGCUGGAUCAUCAUAUGCCGGCUCCCGCCCGGCAAGCGGUUUGAGUAAACGACGCGCGGCGUUUAGAGGCCCUCCACCCAGUUUUUACGCCCAUGGUGGAUACGGUACUACAGGGGCUUCACGCGCAAGUCCUGGGGCUACUUAUGCGGGUGCUGGUCGCAAUGGUGGCAGUGAUGAGGAUCCAACCUCAUUCAUCAACAAUAACCCCGUUUGGCAUUUCGAUGCAAAGGCCCAUUACAAGAGACAGACAGCCGAAGAUGCGCGUCGAGAACAAAGACGGUCGCAACAAAUGCGACGGGAACGAGAAUUCAUCGAACAUGAAGUUACCGGUCAUGGCGGGAGCGGAAGCUUUGUUUUUCGUUUCGUUCUCGUUUCGGGCAUUUUGAUUGCUACUGCUUCCCUUGUUGGUGCCAUACUUAGGGCUGGUAGUAGUAGUAGCAGCAGCAGUGGUGGUUUAGAGAAGCCGACACAGAAGAAGAAUAAUCAAGUACUGCCUCGGAGGAAGGGUGAUGAUUGA